ACAUGCAUUUGUUUUAAUAAUUUUUUUCUGAAUUGGAUUUAUCAAGUAAAAGGGAGAUGCAUAGCAAUAUUAUUUACAAAUAUUGAAUAAAUUUUGUUUGACAUGACAAUGGAAAUAUUGAAUACAAUAACAUCCGCUUCAUGCUUUAGCCCCACAGCUUUGACAUCAGUCGACAUUGUGCUAUUCGACAAUAUAAAACAUGGUUUAGAACAGGCUAAGAUCAAGAGACAAAGUCUAUUCUCUAUUUUAAAUCUGGCAGUUAUGGAAUUUGCAGACAAAUAUCAAAAUUUGCUAAUAGAAGAUAACAAUUCAGAGUUAAAAAACAUUUUCGCCAUUCUUGAAAAUAUCUUAAAACAUCGACUUAAAAGUACAAGAAGAAAAUGUUGGUUUGGUAGUGAAGGAGAUACCAUAUCAUUUUGGGAUUACAUUAAAGUAAUUUGCAAAAAUAUUUAUAAUGGUUCUUGCGUUCAACUAGUUGAAACUAUGAGUUAUAAAACUUCAAAAGCCAAAGGAAGAGCAUGGUUGAGAUUGGCUGUUAUUGAAAAGCGUUUACACUUAUAUUUGAUGGAAAUAUUAAAAUACAAAGAAAUAUUAAAGCCUUAUUAUUUGAAAGGUGCAUUUAUGUUGUGUCAAGAAUCUAAACUAUUUCCUGAAGUUUUAUUAGAAUUAAAUAAGAUUGAUAUUACGAUGUGUGUCAAAGAUAUGAAACUAGAUUUAGUGGAUUACGACACAAUUGAUUAUACAAAUUUUUUGAGACCCAUAUACAAUAAGAAAAAUCAAAGGGUGCAUAUUAAUUCAAGCGAAUCAAAAGACAAUUCAAAUAUUUUAAGAUCGGGAAAUGCGAUAACAGUUUUAAUGAUGACCCCGUCGAAAGAAAACAACAAAAUUAGCGACUCGAUAGAGGGCGGAGAUGAGGAAGAGAUGGAGGAAGAAGAAAGCGGGAUAGGAAUUGAUGACGUGCAAAAUUUUUCUGCAUUUGCGAUGGAGUCUGCAAAAAGUGAUAAUCCUUGGAAGUAUUUGUUUUAUAGGAUGGAAGAUAUGUAUAAAACUGUCGCUUCUCAAAAAAAAAAACUAGAAAAACUAUUAGAAACAAGAGAUGAAGAUAUGGCUACACUAAUCAGACGAAAUGAUAUAUUAUCGGCCGCACUAAAAAAUUAUGGUUUUUGCAAUACUAUUGAAAAAGAAAGAAUAGAUGGCGUUAUAUUAGGAUUGGAAAAUCUAUUAAUAGAUAUAUCAGACAGAAAAAAAGAGAUGAACGAAUGUUUGCCAAAUCGUAUGAAGGCCUUAAAGUAUAAAAUAGUUAAUAAUAAAACAGAUGAUGUUGUGGCUAAAAUUCCAGAAUCUUAUUUAUCAAAUAAAGAUUUAAAAAAUGAAAUUAUAUUUGGAGGCCUCAGAGGAAACGUUAAUAUUAGAAGCCUAGACGAUUUAGUGGCUUCAGGUACUACUUCAUGUAAUUAUAAUGCAACAAGGAGUAAACUAAGCAAGGAUACAGAUUUAAAGACUAGAUUGGCCUUAUUCGGUUUCACAGAAAACUCAUUUGUUAAAUCGCAUACUUACUCUCAAGAUAAGUCAGUCUCAGGAACUAAUUCAUUCGAAAAUUUGGAUACUAACGGAACUUUCAAUAAACCUAGAAUACCCUCUUCGCUUACAAAUGAGGAAGUUUUAGGAAAAUUAUCCAAAAGCAUAUCUUGUAACAUGAUGGCAGACUUUAUAGACCAAAAAUUAAUAGAUAUAAAUGAUAUAUAUAAUUAGAAUAUAAUUCUAAUUCACAUUCAGUUGCAUUUUAAUUA